AUGGGGGAAACGGGAGGGGUUAUUAAUGUUUCUUCACGCGGUCGGAUCUCUACUGUUUCAGGGAGAUGCGGCCAUGGCUCGCCGUGCGAGCAGCUGUGCUACGAGCUACAUGAUGGCAUGUACGAGUGCGACUGCAGGGACGGAUACAUACUACAUAAGAACGGAUACAGUUGCGCCGAGCUAAAUUCGACGGCGUCCUCGAUGAGCGAAGGUAGUGCAUCGGAUGCAAUCGACAGUGCGGAUCAGACAUUUACGGAUGUGGAAGUCGAGAGCGACGAGAACGACGCCAUGGACGACAUUCUCUAUAUGCGCGGCGCCUCCUUCACGAUACACCUUGAUUUAUCCAAGAGCAACGCUACUUCCAACGUUUCGCACGUACUUCACAGGGAUAAGGAUACGAACGAAUUACCCGGAGAAGAGAGGCCGCCGCCGCCGCCGCCGCCGCCCUCCUCCAUUAUGCAGCAACACGACGUCGAUAACGCCGAUGGCGAUGACGACAACGGCGCCGAGGAUGUCAACAAAGACAACAGCGACGAGGCUGACAACGACCAGGACGAGUACGAUGAGGAUGCCAACGCCAAUGCCAACGCCGAUGCCAACACCGAUGCCAACGCUAAUGCCAACGCCGAUGCCAACGCCGAUACCGACACUGACGCCACCACUGCCAGCUCGACGGCUGCAACAAAGAAUCUUAGUAAACAGCACAAGCGCGUGACGUCUUUUACGUUGACGAGGGUAGUUUUACUUAAUGCUCACUUUGCUGAUACGUCAUUACAUGAAAAUGAAGCUCGGAGGUUUGAAUUGAUUCGUGGAAACUGCCUGGUCUGCCUGGUUGAUUGCUCGAGAGGAUAA